AUGGGUUCGUUCCAGGGCGAGAUAUUCGCCACGCCCCGUAUGCGGUUCCAAGCCGUAAAUCAACUCUAUUCGGAUACCGACAUUCCAGCGGAAACUGUACUAUUGGACUUUGCAAAGGCCUUCGACAGCGUCGUGUGGGACGCUUUGGAUAUAGUUCUAAUGCACCUUGGGUUCGGACAGAACUUUCGGAGAUGGAUUGAGGUUCUUUUUCCGAGUACUUUGGCUUACCUCAUGUUUAACGGUCGCCCAUUGUCUCCGUUUGAACUGGGUGCCGGGGCCCGCCAUGGCGACCCUCUAUCACCAGCGCUGUUUGUGCUCUUUAUCGAGCCCUUACUCAACUUUCUUCGGGUCCAGCUUCAAGCCAUGGGUCUACAAUGUGGAUCUCUUACUCAAUCGGUCAUCAGCUUCGCCGAUGAAUGCACUGGGCUCUUGUAUGACCUCCGUCAUACGAAAGACUUUCUCGGUUUUGUGGAGGACUUUUGUUCGGCGACGGGCAUAAGGCUUAAUAAGGCUAAGACUUUGGUGCAGCCAUUUUUCCCUGGUCCCCGUCUUCUUAGCCUUUACGACUUGAACUGGUCCGCUUAA